AUGACAGGAUCAUCAGCGACGCGACGCGGUGCCCUCAUUGUCGUGGAGGGACUCGACCGCGCGGGCAAGUCAAGCCAAUGUGAGAUGCUAAGGGGCUUCCUCUCAGAACAGGGGCAUAGCGUGAAAUACAUCCGAUUCCCAGACAGGACCACGCCAAUCGGCAAAUUAAUCGAUAGCUACCUCCGUGGCUCAUCUCACCAAGACGACCAUUCCAUCCACCUCCUCUUCUCAGCAAACCGAUGGGAGGUAGCAAAGAGAAUCGAAGAAGAUAUCGCAAGCGGCAUCACAGUCAUUGUAGAUCGUUACUCCUACUCCGGCGUCGUCUACUCGGCCGCCAAGGCGAACCCCACACUAUCCCUGGACUGGGCAUGGCAGCCGGAGAUCGGUUUACCCCGUCCUGAUAUCUGUUUGUUCCUCGGAAUUUCCCCCGAGGAAGCUGCUAAGCGUGGUGGAUUCGGUGCUGAGCGUUAUGAGAAUGAGGCUAUGCAAACCCGCGUGCGUGAGCUCUUCCAGACAAUAUUUGAAAGGAUGCAGGACGUUGCCAUCAUUGAUGCGGGUAAAUCCAUCGAUGAGGUGUCGAAGGAGAUUCAGCAUGCUGUGACUGGUUGCAUUGCACGUCUGGAUAUAACUAGUGCGCUGAGGAAGCUGGAACCUCUUGGGAACUAG